AUGGAUAAUACGUAUAAGGUCAACCGCUUUAACAUGCCGCUUCUACAGAUCAUUGGCACAACAGGGCUACACAAGAGCUUCAGUGUAGGCUUUGGCCUCACUGCCAAGGAAGACGAAGGCGCGUUCCAAUGGAUCCUCUCACAGUUGCGUGAGGCUGGUCGGCAGGCUGAUAUUCCGGACCCGGGCGUUGUGAUUACCGACUUUGAUACCGCCCUGAAGAACGCCCUUGACUCUAUCUUCCCAUCAACGCAACAACAAGUGUGCGUUUGGCAUAUGAUGAAGAACGUGAUCCUUCACAUCAAGAAGAAGUGGGAAGGAUCCCUCGAUGGCACCGAGAUUGGCGGAGAUAGGCCAGAACAGGAGACUCGCCUCGCUGCAGCAGCCGCUCUCGACGACCCUAUACAGGCAGAUAAUGCCAUUGACGAGGACCGACCUAUCGACCGUGCCACUGAUUACCAGAUUCAACAUGCCUCACAACUGGCAGAUCAGCGGACUUUUGAGCACACAGCUGACGUGGGAUCUACUCUGUAUAGAGUUUUCGGAUCAGCCAGCUCUCGUUAA